AUGUCUGACAAACCUGAUGUGAAAGAGGUCGAAACCUUCGACAACACCAAACUGAAGAAGACUGAGACUCGUGAGAAGAACACAUUGCUGACCAAAGAAACCAUCGAACAGGAGAAAUCUGAGUCCUCAUGAAGUCCAGCCCUCCCAUGCACUGAACAUUCCACAUGCUUCGCAAACUUCAUCCCCAUCGUGUGUAUUUGAAGAUGUAG